AUGGAGUACACAGGACUUAAGGGUUUUGAUAUCAUAUUAGAUUAUUCAAGUUCAUUUUAGAAGGAGAAGAGGAAUAUUUUAAAGAUUGUUGCUCCACUAGGUAAGAUAGCUACAAAAUCCCAUGAUUUGCAGUUGGAUCCUCCAGAGAGUUAAAUACUGAAUGGGUAAUCUGCUUCAAUUGGAUUCCUGAAUGAUAAAACUUUAAUUAGAUCAGGCUAAUAUGAUGGAGUUAUAAUGUCUAUAAUAUAGGAAUCUAUAGAAUAAGUCUUAAGCAAAAAGCUCAUUGAUAAUCAUAGUAGAAUAAUCUCUAUAAAAAGCAUAGCAGAGGGUGGUUAGCACGAGCUCGAUGAAAUCUAGAACGAAUUUAUUGCAAUAAAUAUGCUGAAAUAAUGA